UUGAUUGGUGGAUCCGGCGUUGCGCGUCCAGGCGGCGCACUGGCUCCGGGAUCACCGGGGUCACCGAGGUCACCGGGCACGGCGGAGCCGGGCCGGCGGGUCCCGGGCCGCGCGCAGCUCCCCGAGCGAGAGGCCGCGGGGACGCUCUCGCCUCCCCCGCGCGCGCCGCGGAGCAUGUUUUCCAGGGCGCAGGUGAAACGGGCUCUGCAGCGGGUGCCCGGGAAGCAGCGCUUCGGCGUCUACAGGUUCCUGCCCUUCUUCUUCGUCCUGGGAGGAGCGAUGGAGUGGAUCAUGAUUAACGUGCGUGUGGGCCGGGAGACCUUUUAUGAUGUCUACCGGAGAAAAGCCUCGGAGAGACAGUAUCAGACGAGGCCGGAAGAUGUGUUAGAGCCUGAGCAGCCAAUAAAGUGACUGUGAAAUGCCGCUGCUGCUUCACCUCCUUUUAAAAGGUUUUUUUCAUGGGACCGGGAGAUAGAGCAACCAGUGGAACACACACUCUUCUCCUCUUGAGGACCCGAGUUCGAGACACUGGCCACCACCUGGGAGCACAGGGGAAGUUGUGUGAGUGGUGGAGCAGUGCUGUGGUUGGGGGUAGAUAGCAUAAUGGUUAUGGAAACAGACUCUCAUGCCUGAGGCUCCAAAGUCCCUGGUUCAAUCCUCCAUAAGCCAGAGCUGAGCAGUGCUCUGGUAAAAAAAAAAAAAAAAAAAAAAAAAAAAAGCCAGGCAGUGGCACACCUGAUUAAGCACCCACACUGUCGUGUGCAGGGUCCCAGGUUCAAGCCCCUGAUCCCCACCUGUAGCGGAGAAGCUUCACAAGUGGUGAAGCAGGGCUGCAGGUGUCUCCGUCUCUCUCCAGUAAUAAAUGAAUAAAAAUAUUAACAAACAAAAGUUUGCCGGAGUGGAAGAGCAGUGCAAGCAUGGUACCUCAGUGGUGGCAAAGAAAAAAACACAUCUCUUGGUUCUAAACUAAACUAAUCUGUCUUUACAAAAGAUCUUUUUUUUGCCUCCGGGGUUAUCGCUGGGGCUCAGUGCCUGCACUACGAAUCCACUGCUCCUGGGGACCAUCUUUUUUCCCAUGAUUGUUAUUGCUGUUAUUGGAUAGGGCAGAGAGAGAUAGAGAGAGGGCAAGACAGAGAGGAGAGAAAGACAGAAGCUAGACACAUGCAGAUCUGCUUCACCACUUAUGAAGUGACCCACCCACCCUCCCCCUGCAGGUGGGGAGCAGGGGCUCGAACUGGGAUCCUUGCACCGGUCCCUGCACUUCAUUGUGCGCUUCACCCAGUGCUCUACUGCCCAGCUCCCACAGAAAAAUCUUUUUAUUUCUGAUUCAUUUCUUUUUUUUUUUUCUUUAAUCUUAUUGAGGGAGAACCCAGAACACUUCCAAGUUCUGGCUUGUGGUGGUGCUGGGGAUUAAACUUGGAAACUCAGAGCCUCAGUCAUGAAAGUCUUUUGCAAAGCCACUAUAGUGUCUCUCUAGUCCCUCAAACUUCCUUAGUUACUGCUGGACAACACUUGUGAAAAUUAUUUCUUACCCACUGAAUUUAGUCUAUUAAGUCUUCCUUCCUUCCUCCCCCCCUUUUUUUAAAAAGAUUUUAUUUAUGAGAAAGAUAGAAGAGAGAGAAAGCCACCAGCAGGGGAGUCGCUUCACAGGCGGUGAAGCAGGUCUGCAGGUGUCUGUCUUUCUCUCCCCGUCUUCCCCUCCUCUCUCCACUUCUGUCCUAUCCAACGACAACAUCAAUAACAACAAUAAUAACUACAACAAUAAAACAACAAGGGUGACAAAAGGGAAUAAAUAUUAAAAUUUUUUUUUUUUUUUUUUUUUUAAAAAGGAGAGAGAGAAAGAACCAGACAUCACUCUGGUACAUGUGCUGCCGGGGAUUGAACUUGGGACCUCAUGCUUGGGAGUCCAAUGCUUCAUCCACUGUGACAUCUCCCAGAUCACCCUAUGAAGUAUUUCUCUAAAGGGGAAAAAAAAAAAAAGAUUUAUUAACAAUAGAGGAGAGAGCGAUUAUCACCACUGUGGCGUGUGUGGUGCUGGGGACUGAGCCCCAUGUUUGAGAAGCCAGCGCCUUACCCACUGUGCUACCUCCUGAGCUCCUGGAGGUAUUUCUCGAACAAUUCCUGGUUCAGUCGGGAGGCUUUGCUAUCUGAACUAUUUGUGGAAUUGUUUGCUUUUAGGCAACAGUGAUAAUCUUACUUUUUUUUUUUUGCCUCUAGGCUUCUCGCUGGGGCUUCACUGUAAACCCACUGCUCCUGGCAGGCCCCCCCCCCAUUUUGUUUCCCUAGUUAUUGUUGCCAUUGCUGCUAUUGUUGGAUAGGGCAGAGAGCAAUCGAGAGAGGAGGGGAAGACAGGAAGAGAGAAAGACAGACACCUGCAGACCUGCUUCACCGCCUGGGAAGUGACCCCCCCCCCCCCCGCAGGUGGGGAGCCGGGGGUUCGAACCAGGAUCCUUGUACCAAUCCUUGCGUUUUGUGCCAUAUGCACUUAACCCAGUGCACCACUGCCCGGCCCCCUUUAUUUACUUUUUUUGUAGAGUUUAAAAAAUAUUUAUUUGGGAGCCAAGUGGUAGCAAACCCGGUUAAGUUCACAUAUUACCAGGACCUGGGUUCGAGCCCCUGCUCCCCACCUGCAGACAUGCUUCACUAUUUGUGAAGCUUCCCUCUUUCUCCCUCCCUGUCUCCCCUCCCCUUUCCUUCUCUCUGCCCUCUCAAAUAUAAUAGAGAGGGUUUGGGGGGGGCGGGAGAUGGCUGCCAGAAGCCAUGGAUUCAAAGUGCGAGCCAGCACUGAGGGCGAGUGGUGACCCUGGUGACAGGACAGAGGCAGGGAGAGAGAGAGGGAGAGAGAGACGCCUGCAACACUGCUCUGUCACUUGAAAAGCUUUCCCUCUGCAGGUCCCCCACCAAGGGCUCGAACCUGGGUCCUUGAGCACUGUAACAUGUGUGUUCAACCUGGUGCACCACCACCCGGUCCCAGAAUUUAUAUUUCACAGGGGCAGGUGGUGGUGCACCUGGCUAAGUGCUCACAUUAUAUACAAGGACCCAGGUUCAAGUCCCUGGUCCCCACCUGCGGGGGAACGGUUUCAUGAGGGGUGAAUCAGGGCUGCAGGUGUCUCUGUCUUUUUCUCUAUCUCCCCCUCCCCUGUCAAUUUCUGUCUCUAUCCAAUAAUGAAUAAUUAAGAAAAAGUCUGAAAAAAAAAAGUAUUUGUAUUUCAUGAUGGACAUAGAAAGUCAGACCUCUGGUGCAAGGUGGUAGUGUACCCCACUUCGCCAUGUUUAAGCCCCUGGUCCCCACUUGAUGGGGGGAGGGAGCUUCACAAAUGGUGGAGCAUUGUUGCACGCGUGUUUCUGACUCAGCUUCUAUUAAGUGGCUGCCACAAGAUGGUGGCUUGGAGACAACGCCUGGCGUGAGCUCUGCAAGGAAGUUGCUUUCAACCUGGGAAUCUCAGCCACCAGGUUCCAGAUGCUACCAUGAUGCUAACCUGACUUCCUUGGGCAGACAACCCCACCAGUGUGUCCUGGAGCCCCGCUUACCCAGAGCCCUUCCCCACUAGGGAAAGAGAGAGGCAGGCUGGGAGUAUGGAUCAACCUGUCAACGCCCAUGUUCAGCAGAGAAGCAAUUACAGAAGCCAGAGCUUCCACCUUCUGCCACCCCACAAUGACUUUGGGUCCAUACUCCCAGAGGGAUAAAGAACAGGAAAGCUAUCAGGGGAGGGGACAGGAUACGGAGUUCUGGGGUUGGGCAUUGUGUGGAAAUGUACCCCUCUUAUCCUGUGGUCUUGUCAAUAUUUCCAUUUUAUAAAUAACUUUAAAAAAAAAAAAUGGCUGCCAAGAUAAUCUACUAUAAGACUAUUCAAACAGGGAGUCGGGCGGCAGAGCAGCAGGUUGAGCGCACGUGGCGUGAGACACAAGAACCAGCAUAAGGAUCCUGGUUCAAGCCCCCAGCUCACUACCUGCAGGGGAGUUGCUUCACAGUUGGUGUCUUGUCUUUCUCCCUCUCUUGUCUUCCCCUCCUCUCUCCAUUUCUCUCUGUCCUAUCCAACGACGACGACAUCAAUAACAAUAGUAACUACAACAAUAAAACAAGGGCAACAAAAGGGAAUAAAUAAAAUAUUAAAAAAGACCAUUCAAACAAGGAUAUUGUUUUGCCAGGGAGAACUGCUCACACUCACUCAGUGUUCUAGCAACAGAAAUAACCCUCCCCAUUGCCUCCCACAGCUGAAGCUUCAUGCAGGCUUGAGGGGACCAGACUUCACACCACUGACAACACUGUGUUCCCCCAGCUGCUAAAGGCAAAGACUCUGCUCUCUCUCUCUGCCUCCAGGGUUAUCGCUGUGGCUCACUGUUCCAUUUUAGUGGCUAGGACAGAGAGAAAUUGCGAGGGAGAGGGGAAGAGGGAGAGAGAGAGAGAGAGAGAGACUUGUAGCACCACUUCACUGCUCUUGAAAUCUUCCUCCUGCAGGUGGAGACCAGGAGAAAUGGAGAGAGGAGGGGAAGACAGAGAGGAGGAGAGAAAAAGAGACACCUGCAGACCUGCUUCACCACUUGUGAAGUGACUCCCCUGCAGGUGGAGAGCUGGGGGUUUGAACCAGGAUCCUUAAGCAGGUCCUUGUGCUUCGCGCCACAUGCACUUAACCCUUUUGCGCAACUGCCCGACUCCCAAGUCUUUUUUAUUUUUUUUAAAGAAUUUAUUUAUUUAUUCAUGAGGAAGAUAGGAGGAGAGAAAGAACCAGACAUCACUGUGUUGUUACAUGUGCUGCCAGGGAUUGAACUCGGGACCUCCUACUUGAGAGCCCAAUGCUUUAUCCACUGCGCCACCUCCCGGAUCAUGCAUGAAAGUUUUUUUUGUCAUCUUUCUGUAUCAUCUUCUGUCGUAUGCUUUACAUUGGUUUGUUCUAGCCCUCCCCCACCAAGAGAAUUGGAUCAGUCCUAUUAAUUUCGCGGGCCUGCUUGGCCCCGUCCCAAGGAACCCUGAGAGAGGGUUCCUGAGUUCCAGAGAAAAGAGAGAGUGCUUGCGCCGCCGCAAAGAGACAGCAGAGUUCUGUUUGGUGAUUAGUUUGUCUUAGUUUAUGAAUCGUUGUUCCUGAAUAAAGAAAUACAGCUUCCCUGCC